AGAGGAGGAGAGACAGCGAUGACAAGAGGAAGAGGAAGCAGAGCGAUAACCGCAGAACCCAGGAGGUCGACAUGUACGAGCUGAAGGAAACAGGCCACACCCCCGAACUGACCACCGAGCAUGAUGGGAAGGAGGAUCCUGUGAAGACUGCAGCCAAUAGGAAGGCUCGUUUUCAGACGAGCCCCAGCGAGGAGGCAGACAGACGGACGGAGAUCUCAGACAACAGCUUUCAGCUGCACUGUGAUGUCACACAAUCCUACUGCUCCACCCACACCUUCAGCCUCACCUGCUCCUCAGCCGACACCGACCGGCAUGUCCACACCAUCCAAUUACAACCCCAGGCCACGCCCCCUACACCUGUGAUGGGUCCAUUGUUCUCUGACAUCCAGAGAGAGUUUCAGGUGGAAACAGCACAGCAGGCAGCUUCGGCUUUGUGUCAGUCAAACACGAUACAGGAUGCAUCACCAGGAGGCCUGUCGGAGCUCCAACAACAGGAAGUGAUGACGGAGGAUUUUCUGUCCAACGACGAGUACGAGUGUGCGUCGCCAGACGACAUCUCCCUGCCGCCGCUGGCAGAGACGCCUACGUUCCAAUCAGAUGUUGAGGAGGGUUUCUGCUUCAGCUCCAACAUCAACCAAUGCAGCCAGCAGGACCAGCCAGAACCAGUCGAUAGUGGAACAGUCCGGCAGCAGACAGAGAAUUGUCCAACUCCUCCCACUAGCCUUCAGAGCUGUACAAGGUUCAGAUCAGAGUCCGACUCAGUUCAGACAGUUCCUGGUCCGAGCUCCCUGAGCAGCAUCCUGAGAACCACAGAGGCCAACACCACUAACACUCCCCUGAGGGCCCACCUCUCCCAGGGCAGCCCCAAACCAAAAACCCCCUCUGGAUCAGUCCAGGAGAGCAGCACCAGAGACAAGAACCAUGCUGUCUCUGAGAGAAUUCCCUCUCCUGCUCCUCGAGCCAAUCCAGCUCCACCGACCGAUCCCACUCCUCUGGCCGAUCCCACUCCAGAGGUCCAUCCCACUCCUCUGGCUGAUCCCACUCCUCUGGCCAAUCCCCCUCCUCUGGCUGAUCCCACUCCUCAGGCUGAUCCCACUCCAGAGGCUGAUCCCACUCCUCUGGCCGAUUCCACUCCGGAGGCCCAUCCCACUCCAGAGUCCCAUCCUACUCCUCUGGCCAAUCCCACUCCACAAGCUGAUCCCACUCUCGAGGCUGAUCCCACUCCUCUGGCUGAUCCCACUCCAGAGGCUGAUCCCACUCAUCUGGCCGAUUCCACUCCGGAGGCCCAUCCCACUCCAGAGUCCCAUCCUACUCCUCUGGCCAAUCCGACUCCUCAAGCUGAUCCCACUCUCGAGGCUGAUCCCACUCUCGAGGCUGAUCCCACUCCAGAGGCUGAUCCCACUCAUCUGGGCGAUCCCACUCCUCAGGCUGAUUCCAUUCCAGAGGCCGAUCCCACUCCUCUGGCCGAUUCCACUCCGGAGGCCCAUCCCACUCCAGAGUCCCAUCCCACUCCAGAGGCUGAUCGCACUUCUAAGGCCGAAUCCACUCCAGAGGUCCAUUCCACUCCUCGGGCCGAUCCCACUCCUCAGGCCAAUCCCACUGAAGAGCCCGAUCCCACUCCUGUGGCCGAUCCCACUUCAGAGGCCAAUCCCACUCUGGCCAAUCAAGACCCCAGCGACAACACAGAGCUUCACACAUGCAGCUCUCUUGUCUGUGCAAACAGCACCGAGCCACAGUGGAGCCUUCAUCAGAGCUUCUUCCAACCUGAGAGGGAAACCAGAACCCAAAGAGAAGGUGAUAGCAGAACCAGAACUGGUUCAGUUAGCAAGCAGACCGUUCACCUCCAGUCCUUUCCUUCAGGCAGUCAGUUUAUCAGGCCUGAGAACAGAAGCUCCUCAUCAAUCCAUCUCAGUCCUCUUCAGUCUGACCUGGACUCCAGAAGGCCUAAUCAGGACAAACUUUCCUCUCAAAGCAGCAGGAGCAUCCUGACCACGACUUCCACCACCCAGCAGACAGUUUGCAGUCAGUCCUGCCUGUCAGAUGGUCUGUUCUGUGUCCCACAGAACAGCAUACCUCAGGACUACGGGGACCGGCCCAAAAACCGACCUGCCGGCGCAGUCAGUAGCAUCAGUAUUAGUAGCAGUAACACACUGAGCUGCCAUCAUACCGUCUCUUCGAUCCAUGAGUCCCAUACCUGCACCUGUACACAGCAGUAUGUGCAUGACCCUGGCAUGCCUCCCAGCAGUUCCACCCGGCCCAGCACUCCUUCGUGGAACCCAGCUUUGGCACAGCUGGCUAACCCGCAUGUUCUGCCCCUGUCCUCUCCACCCCAUCUACUAACUCCAGACCAGGACCCAGACAUUUGUCUGCCCAUGGCCAUCCGAGAGGAGAUCCAGCUUACUCCUCAGAUCCAGGGGCCUCCUGUUCCUGCCCCUCCUCAGCCAGAGUCUCUUCCCCAGGGAAAAGCCUCUCAUUCUGGCCCUCCCUGCUUCACCAGGCCCUUGUCCAGAGCCACCGUCAUGGAGGGCUCUCCAGUGACACUGGAGGUGGAGGUGACGGAACACCCAGAGCCCAGGCUCACCUGGUUCAAAGAUGGAGAGGCGCGGCCCUGCGAGGACCCGGAGCUCCUCCUGGUCGAGGCGUCGGAUGCUGAUGACGACCGAGUCGAGGUUCGAGACGCCCUCGACUGGCGGCCGGCAGCUCGUGGCUGCGGCGCUGAAACGUGGCUGGUGGCCGAAGCGUUUGACAUCAUCAGCGUGGACGCCUGGUUCGGGACUCUGUGUGUUCUGCUGUGGCUGCUCUACCUCCUCCUGCUCUAGUUCAUCGUCUGCUGCUACGACUUUAACCAGCAUCACUAAAUGGACUUUCAGACUCUGAAGCUAAAUGAUUUAAGUUUGUAGAGAAGUUUUGGUUUCUACCUUCAGUAGCAUCCAGAUGUUCUCUCUCUGUUGUGUCUCAGCUGAUAAAUACUGUAGCAGCUUUAAAAGUGUGCAAUAAUAAAGUCCGUCUGUGUGCUUCA